CCAUAUUGAUUGCAGACUACUUAAAAAAUGUAAUUAUUUCGAGUGUGAGUUGAUCGGGUUGGAUAGAUCCACGUUUCAAUUGCAUAUACAACCGGAUGAAGAUAAGUUUUAGUGACUUGCGCAGUAGAGUAAACCAACAAUUCUGCAUUGUUACGAAUCAAAACAAAGGCAGAUCAGUUACACCUUGAUAAAAGUCGAAGCGAAAAUAAUGGAAACUAAUGAUGUUAAAACUUUUCAUCGGUGUGUUGAAUGUGGUGAAAUUUUCCAUAAAUACGAUGAUUUAGAGAAACACAAUAAAACACAUGUUAAGACAGAGGAAACUGAUGACGUAGAUGGAUAUUGUCAUGUUAAAGAAGAGAAAAUUGAAGAUAUUGAAACUGUUUAUCAGUGUAAUUUGUGUGAUGAAGAAUUUAGAUUAGAAUCUGAUUUAGAGAAACACUGUGAAAUACAUGUUAAAGAAGAAGAGUCUUCUUUACAACAUGGUAGAAAGUUAGAGACCGGGCUUAGUCAGUGUAAUGAAACACACAUACAAAGUCGAGAGGUUUCUAAGAAAUAUGAGAAAUCAUGGACGGAAAAGGACACAAGAAAUGUAACAAGAGACAAAGCGUACACGUGUGGUGUUUGUAGUAAAUCAUUCGCUAAAGGUGGCAAUCUACAGCGACAUAUGGAAAUUCAUCUGGGAGUAGCAGAGAAGCCGUUUGGAUGUGACGUUACUAGCUAUUCCUGUUUCCAGAGUCGUAGUUUAACAACAGAUACGAAGGUUCACACGGGAGAAAAAUCCUACGAUUGUGAUGUUUGUGGUAAAUCAUUUUCUGGAAGUGAUAGUCUGAUGCAACACACCAAAACGGGUACUGGUGAAAAACCCUAUAAAUGCUGUGUUUGUACGAAAUCAUUUAAGUAUAACAGCGACCUGGACAGACACACCAAAACUCACACAGGUGAAAAACCUUAUAGAUGUGGUUUAUGUAGCAAGUCAUUCAUUCAACAUAGUACUCUACUGGAACAUAUACGAACUCACACAGGUGAAAGACCAUUUGAGUGUUAUGUUUGUAGUAAAUCAUUUACUAAUAGUAGUCACCUACAGAGACAUAUCAGAAUUCACACUGGCGAAAAACCUUAUAAGUGUGAUGUUUGUGAUAAAUGUUUUGUUAAUAGUUGUAAUUUACAGAGACACAUGAGAACUCAUCGAGAUAAAACUGUUUGAAUUUGUAAUGAUUCUGUUUAUUUCAUAUACAAUCCGGUCUUUUAACCGA